AGAAAUAUAAAAACGAGAAAUUUGAUUCAGAGACAGUGCGUACUGUGUAAAUCUUUAACAUAACUUCGAUUUACAGAUCUUCGAGAGAACAGUUUGAUUAGUCGGCAAUGGCUCAGCCUCUCAUUAAGAAAGACGAUGACCGCGACGACGAAGCGGAGUACUCUCCUUUUUUGGGGAUCGAGAAAGGUGCUGUUCUUCAGGAAGCUAGGGUCUUUAACGAUCCUCAGCUUGAUUCGCGAAAAUGCUCUCAGGUCAUCACAAAGCUUCUUUAUCUUCUGAACCAAGGAGACUCUCUAACUAAGGUUGAAGCCACAGAAGUUUUCUUUGCGGUAACUAAGCUUUUUCAGUCGAGGGAUUUAGCUUUGAGGAGAAUGGUCUAUUUGAUUAUAAAGGAAUUAUCUCCAUCAGCAGAUGAGGUUAUCAUUGUCACAAGCUCCCUUAUGAAGGACAUGAAUAGUAAGACUGACAUGUACCGUGCAAAUGCUAUCCGUGUGCUUUGCCGGAUAACAGAUGGAACUCUGCUUACCCAAAUUGAGCGAUAUUUGAAACAAGCAAUUGUGGACAAGAAUCCAGUGGUUGCUAGUGCAGCCUUGGUCAGUGGGAUCCAUUUACUCCAGACAAACCCAGAGAUUGUGAAAAGAUGGAGCAACGAGGUUCAGGAAGCUGUGCAGUCAAGAGCUGCCCUUGUACAGUUUCAUGCACUUGCUCUGCUCCAUCAGAUACGGCAGAAUGACCGACUAGCUGUCAGCAAGUUAGUUACCAGUUUGACCAGGGGAACUGUUCGCUCUCCGCUGGCCCAGUGCCUCUUGAUACGUUAUACUAGUCAGGUUAUUCGUGAGUCAGCUGCCAAUACACAAACAGGUGACCGUCCUUUCUAUGACUUUCUUGAGGGUUGUCUGCGCCACAAGGCAGAGAUGGUGAUCUUUGAGGCUGCUAGGGCAAUCACUGAGCUUAGUGGUGUGACCAGCCGAGAAUUGACUCCAGCAAUUACUGUUCUCCAGCUCUUUUUGAGUUCUUCUAAGCCUGUGUUGAGAUUCGCAGCUGUUCGUACUUUGAACAAGGUGGCGAUGACUCAUCCAAUGGCUGUCACUAACUGCAACAUUGAUAUGGAGAGUUUAAUUUCUGACCAGAAUAGAAGCAUUGCUACACUUGCAAUCACAACACUGCUUAAGACAGGAAAUGAGUCAAGUGUGGAACGCCUGAUGAAGCAGAUAACCAAUUUCAUGUCAGAUAUUGCUGAUGAGUUCAAAAUUGUUGUGGUGGAAGCCAUACGGUCUCUGUGUUUGAAGUUUCCGUUGAAAUACAGAUCACUAAUGAACUUCUUAAGCAACAUCCUCAGGGAAGAAGGUGGUUUUGAUUAUAAGAAGGCAAUUGUAGAUUCCAUAGUGAUCCUCAUCAGAGAUAUCCCCGAUGCAAAGGAAAGUGGGCUGCUUCAUUUAUGUGAGUUCAUUGAAGAUUGUGAAUUUACAUAUCUCUCAACACAGAUACUUCAUUUUCUGGGCAAUGAAGGGCCAAAGACCUCAGAUCCCAGCAAAUACAUACGCUACAUUUACAAUCGCGUGCAUCUUGAAAAUGCAACUGUUCGGGCUGCUGCUGUAAGCACAUUAGCAAAGUUUGGUGCUCUGGUAGAUUCUUUGAAGCCACGCAUUUUUGUUCUGCUGAGGCGCUGUCUCUAUGAUGGUGAUGACGAGGUCCGUGAUAGGGCAACACUGUAUCUGAACACACUUGGUGGUGAUGGUGAAGUUGUUGAAACUGAAAAAGAUGUGCAAGCUUUUCUCUUUGAUCCACUGGAUAUUCCACUAGUUAACAUGGAGACAAGUUUGAAAAACUAUGAGCCCUCAGAAGAGCCUUUUGACAUCAAUUCUGUCCCAAGGGAAGUUAAAUCUCAGCCGCUUGCAGAAAAGAAGGCCCCCGGCAAGAAGCCAACUGGACUUGCUGCUCCUCCAUCUGGUCCACCAACUACUGUUGAUGCUUAUGAAAGGCUUCUUUCUUCUAUUCCAGAGUUCUCAAGCUUUGGCAAGCUUUUCAAGUCCUCAGCACCUGUGGAGCUGACAGAAGCAGAGACAGAAUAUGCUGUCAAUGUUGUUAAGCAUAUAUUUGAUGGGCAUGUUGUGUUCCAGUACAACUGCACAAAUACAAUACCAGAACAACUGCUGGAAAAUGUUUCUGUGAUUGUGGAUGCUUCAGAAGCAGAAGAAUUUUCAGAGGUAGGAUCCAAGCCUUUGAGAUCUCUUCCUUGUGAUUCACCUGGACAAACUUUUGUGGCAUUUGAGAAGCCAGAGGGAGUGCCAGCAGUUGGAAAGUUUUCAAAUAUGUUGAGAUUUAUCGUUAAAGAGGUUGAUACAUCUACCGGUGAAGCAGAGGACGAUGGUGUAGAGGAUGAAUACCAAUUGGAGGACAUGGAGGUGGUUGCAGCAGAUUAUAUGUUGAAAGUUGGGAUUCCCAAUUUCAAAAAUGUAUGGGAUAGCUUGGGUCCAGAAACUGAGCGUGUGGAUGAAUAUGGCCUUGGUUCAAGAGAGAGCUUGGCUGAAGCUGUUAGUGCAGUCAUCAACCUUCUCGGGAUGCAGCCUUGUGAGGGCUCAGAGGUUGUCCCCAGCAAUUCAAGGUCGCACACAUGCCUACUGUCUGGAGUUUUCAUUGGCAACGUGAAGGUUGUUGUGCGGUUACAAUUUGGCAUUGAUGGUCCAAAGGAGGUAGCUAUGAAACUGGCUGUUAGAUCGGAGGAUGAAUCUGUGGCUGAUGCCAUCCAUGAGAUUGUAGCAAGCGGCUAAUUUUGUCUGUUCAGUCAUAAUAACGUUCUCUUUUGUACAUCAACAUCGGCCUUUAUAUUCUAUUUCGUGAAGGUGAUCAGAGGCGGAUAGCUGCAAGCAGAUAAUGCCUUAUUAUAUAGAGAGUCUGUAUGCAUAUGUACUUUUGGACUGGGAGCUGAGGUUUCUUAGGCUGGAAGGAUUAGCAUUUAUAUUUUACAGCUUCUCUGGCAUUAGUACUUGUGUAUUAUGGAAAUGAGUAUAAAGGGGGAUGUUUUAUUUUGUUUUUAUUGUUCAAAAUUCUUAUGUGGGAUAAAAAGUAUAGGUUCUAUUAA